UUGCCAUGGAGUCAUUAUCCCACGUACUAGAAAUUGCUGCAAUGCAUUAUAAAUAAUGAAUCAUAAAUAGUCGAUUUAAUCGACCACUUUAUUACGGUUGGAUACUAAAUUUAAACAUUUAACAACGAAAAAAUGUGCAUUUCCACAAAAACAACCUUCCCUCGGGACACAGCCAAUUCUAAUACAUACAUGCCAGCACUCAAUGCUUAGCGUUAAAAUUUUAUUGGACCCUUACUCAUCUAGGUUCAUCUUACAGUUUUAGCCGACUAUAGAUAAGGUUUCACAUGUGAUAUGGUUACCAAGAUAGCCAAGUCUCUACACUCAAAGAUCGCACGUCAUGAGUGCUGUAUCCGACUGUAGGCUGUUCCUGGAAAAGCUCCGCCUGGAGGAAAGCGACUUCUCACGCCUGUCACGGCAAUCAGCUGCUGGGGACGAGUGGGACACAGACCUCGACACUGACGAGGACCAAGGGGACAAAGCUGACUUGUCGCCAGCUGAGAUCUACAAACACGCCUGCCGGGUGGUUGGCGUUGUCCCCGUCAGUUACUACCUGCGAAAUUUGAGCGACAGCACUCUUAACCUGAACCACCGCGGGUUGGGCCCCCUGGGGGUCAAGGCGCUAGCCAUCGCCCUGGUGUCUGACGUGCGCGUCACAACGCUGGAGCUGAAGGACAAUUACUUGCUGGCCGAAGGGACCAGAUACAUCGUAGAGAUGCUUAAGGCAAAUGUAACUAUUCAGAAUCUGAACCUCUCAAAUAAUCAUUUGCAGACUGCAGGUGCCGAGUGCAUUACAAAAUUUUUGGUGGACAACAUCUCAAUCCAGUCACUCAAACUCUCAGGAAACGGAUUCAAGGAAGAUGAUGCCAAAUACUUUGCAGACACCUUUUCUACUAACUACAGAGUAAAGGAGCUGGACCUGAGUCACAAUGACUUCUCUGGAAAAGGAGGGGAGCAUCUAGGCCAGCUGCUGGCAAGCAAUGAGGGUCUGGAGACGCUCGACCUGAGCUGGAAUCACCUGAGAAUGAAAGGUGCUGUGGCUCUUUCUGCAGGACUCAAGGGCAACAUCACUCUGAAACACCUGGACCUUUCCUGGAAUGGCUUUGGGAAUGAGGGGGCCCUUGCCUUGGGGGAAGCCCUCAAAUACAACAACACCUUGGUGCUCCUGAACCUGAGCCACAACCGGAUCACCAACGAGGGAGCAGAAAUGUUAUGCAAGGGCUUGGAGGCCAACGACACACUGCACACGCUCCGGCUGGCCUAUAACACUCUGACAGUGGAAGGAGCACUGGCACUCCUAAACACAGUGAAGAACAGCCACAGAUCUGCCCUAGAGGAAAUCAACAUCUCAAACGUGCUGGUGAACGAGAACUUCGUGCAGCUGUUGGAGGUGACGCGCCAGGAGCAUCCUGGCCUGGAGGUGCAUUAUGGAGGAGUAGGUGGAUUCAUGGCCAAGAAACCCAACAAACGCCCAGACCCCAUGAAAGUCAUCCAGGACUACCUUGAUGAGCGCAAAUUGCGCCUCUGGGACUUUUUUCGGAACAUCGACAAAGAUGGGACAAUGCGUGUCUCUGUCUCAGACUUCAGGAGAGCAGUGCAGCAAUCCACCAUACCACUAGACCGAUACCAGAUUGAGGAGCUCAUACAGAAGCUGGAUAAGGACAGAACAGGAUUAGUGGACUACAGAGGCCUGGCAGACACCAGGAAGAAGAUGAUGCGGGAUCACCGGCGACAACUGCGUAAGGUGGAGUCACGGCAGAAGAAGGAAAAGCAGAAGAGCGAACGCAUCUUGAAGACCUUCCAGAGUGCCGUGGAGGCAGUGACACCCCGCAGUUCCGUGGUCAUGUCCCCAGAUGGCGCCAAAGAGGACUCGAGUGGCCCACAGCAGUUCUUGGCCACGCCUCUCAGUUCCUGGCACCAUGUGGUCAUGUCCAACAGUGCAAACUACUCCGUGACCAACAUGAGCAACGAACACAUUCACCUGCCCUACAUUGGGGGUCUUGCCACUUCCUGCCCACCCAGCUCACCAUCAACAUAUUCCUACUCUCGUCCCAACCUGCAGACCCCCUCAUUGAAGCUCCAUUUACACCAGGUCACAGACUUGUGCGCCAGUCCUGAUGUUAUGACCCUUAAGCUGAGCCCCACAACCGAUCAGCUAACCAGGUCCAGGCCAGCCCUCAGCCUAAAACAGUCAGGCCCAAAUGUCAAGACAACAAAGACGAAGAAAAAGAAAUCAAAGAAACAUGUGGGCAAUGCAGUUCGCAGGGUCAACUAAACCCUGAGCCCAGAGCAUUGUUCAUCUCACUUGUAUGAAGUGUUUCUCUGGGCAGGCAUCAUGGAUGUGUGUGCGUUUCUUCCUGGUCAUAAAGGCCUGUUGUGCACAGAGAAUAAUUUGGAUGGAUUCCUCUGACUGGCAGAAGAUGAAAGCUUGCUAUAUACAGCUGGCAUAAUGAUUUGAACUCGAUGUAUUGCAGCAUAAUUGACUCAGAAGUCGGAGCAGAAAAUGCAACAAAUCAGAACUCAGCUCAGGCCCUAGAGGACAGAAGACUGUCAUUUUCUGACUAAAUCAAAUAUUCAUAAAACCUACUCUCAUUCCCAGGGACUUUUAUUGUCUAGUUAGAAUAGUACAAACAAGCCUAACAAGGGGACCCUUACAUUUUUUUUUCAUUGCACAUUCUAAUAUAUGUGUAUG